GCAGAAUGGAUGGAAGUGACCUUUCAGAACUCAAAGUAUUUGGACAAGCAUGGAGAAAAGCACUGAUCCCAGUAAAACAUCUUCAAUUCUACUGAAUGGGAUCUUUCGAAGAUGGUUUGGCUGCCCUGGAGAUUUGGAGAUCUGAUGCCACGAUGAGGACUCACACACGGGGGGCUCCCAGUGUGUUUUUCAUAUAUUUGCUUUGCUUUGUGUCAGCCUACAUCAGUGACGAGAACCCUGAAGUCAUGCUUCCCUUCACCAAUGCCAACUACGACAGCCACCCAAUGCUGUACUUCUCCAGGGAAGAGGUGGCCGAGCUCCAGCUCAGGGCCACCAGCUCGCACGAGCACAUCGCAGCCCGGAUCACUGAGGCCGUGCACACCAUGCUGUCCAGCCCCUUGGAGUACCUCCCUCCCUGGGAUCCCAAGGACUACAGUGCCCGCUGGAAUGAAAUUUAUGGGAACAACUUGGGUGCCUUGGCAAUGUUCUGUGUGCUGUAUCCAGAGAACAUUGAAGCCCGAGACAUGGCCAAAGACUACAUGGAGAGGAUGGCAGCGCAGCCUAGUUGGUUGGUGAAAGAUGCUCCUUGGGAUGAGGUGCCGCUUGCUCACUCCCUGGUUGGUUUUGCCACUGCUUACGACUUCUUAUACAACUACCUGAGCAAGACACAACAGGAGAAGUUCCUUGAAGUGAUUGCCAAUGCCUCGGGGUAUAUGUAUGAAACUUCAUACAGGAGAGGAUGGGGAUUUCAAUACCUACACAAUCAUCAGCCCACCAACUGCAUGGCUUUGCUCACAGGAAGUCUGGUUUUGAUGAGUCAAGGUUAUCUUCAAGAAGCCUACUUAUGGACCAAACAAGUUCUGACCAUCAUGGAGAAAUCUCUGGUCUUGCUCCGAGAGGUGACGGACGGCUCCCUCUAUGAAGGAGUUGCGUAUGGCAGCUACACCACUAGAUCACUCUUCCAGUACAUGUUUCUGGUUCAGAGGCACUUUGACAUCAACCACUUUGGCCAUCCGUGGCUUAAACAACACUUUGCAUUUAUGUAUAGAACCAUCUUGCCAGGGUUUCAAAGGACGGUGGCUAUUGCAGACUCAAAUUACAACUGGUUUUAUGGUCCAGAAAGCCAGUUAGUGUUCCUAGAUAAAUUUGUUAUGCGUAAUGGCAGUGGUAACUGGCUGGCAGACCAAAUCAGAAAGAACCGUGUGGUGGAAGGUCCAGGAACACCAUCCAAAGGGCAGCGCUGGUGCACUCUUCACACAGAAUUUCUCUGGUAUGAUGCCAGCUUGAAAUCGGUUCCUCCUCCAGAUUUUGGCACCCCUGUAUUGCAUUAUUUUGAAGACUGGGGUGUUGUGACUUAUGGAAGUGCACUACCUGCAGAAAUCAAUAGAUCUUUCCUUUCCUUCAAGUCAGGAAAACUUGGGGGGCGUGCAAUAUAUGACAUUGUUCACAGAAACAAAUACAAAGACUGGAUCAAAGGGUGGAGAAAUUUCAAUGCAGGGCAUGAGCAUCCUGAUCAAAACUCUUUCACUUUUGCUCCCAAUGGUGUGCCUUUCAUUACUGAGGCUCUCUAUGGGCCGAAGUACACCUUCUUCAACAAUGUUUUGAUGUUUUCCCCAGCUGUGUCAAAAAGCUGCUUUUCUCCCUGGGAGGGUCAGGUCACAGAAGACUGUUCAUCAAAAUGGCUGAAAUACAAGCAUGACCUGGCAGCCAGCUGUCAGGGGAGAGUGGUUGCAGCAUUGGAGAAAAAUGGGGUUGUUUUCAUCAGAGGAGAAGGCGUGGGAGCCUAUAACCCUCAGCUCAAUCUGAAGAAUGUUCAGAGGAAUCUGAUCCUCCUACACCCACAGCUUCUCCUUCUUGUGGACCAAAUAUAUCUGGGAGAGGAGAGCCCCUUGGAGACAGCAGCCAGCUUCUUCCACAAUGUGGAUGUUCCUUUCGAGGAGACAAUGGUAGAUGGGGUCCAUGGGGCCUUCAUCAGACAGCGAGAUGGUCUCUAUAAAAUGUACUGGAUGGAUGAUACUGGCUAUAGUGAGAAAGCAACCUUUGCCUCAGUGACAUACCCUCGGGGUUAUCCCUACAAUGGCACGAACUAUGUGAAUGUCACCAUGCACCUCCGAAGUCCCAUCACCAGGAUAGCUUACCUCUUCAUAGGGCCCUCUGUAGAUGUUCAGAGCUUCAGCAUCCACGGAGACUCUCAGCAACUAGAUGUCUUCAUAGCCACCAGUGAACAUGCCUAUGCAACUUACCUGUGGACAGGUGAAACCACAGGACAGUCUGCCUUUGCACAGGUCAUUGCUGAUCGUCAGAAAAUUCUAUUUGACCGAAAUUCAGCCAUCAAGAGCACCUUUGUCCCUGAGGUGAAGGACUAUGCUGCCAUUGUGGAACAGAAUCUGCAGCAUUUUAAACCGGUGUUCCAGCUGCUGGAGAAGCAGAUCCUGUCCCGAGUCCGGAACACAGCUAGCUUUAGGAAGACUGCUGAGCGCCUGCUGAGAUUUUCAGAUAAGAGACAGACAGAGGAAGCCAUUGACAGGAUUUUUGCCAUAUCGCAGCAACAGCAGAAGCAGCAAAGCAAGUCAAAGAAAAAUCGAAGGGCAGGCAAACGCUAUAAAUUUGUGGAUGCUGUCCCUGAUAUUUUUGCACAGAUUGAAGUCAAUGAGAAAAAGAUUCGACAGAAAGCUCAGAUUUUGGCACAGAAAGAACUACCCAUAGAUGAAGAUGAGGAAAUGAAAGACCUUUUAGAUUUUGCAGAUAUAACGUAUGAGAAACAUAAAAAUGGCUUGUUGAAAGGCCGGUUUGGACAGGCCCGGAUGGCAACAACUCAUAGCAGAGCCCCAUCACUGUCUGCUUCAUAUACCAGAUUAUUUCUGAUCCUGAAUAUUGCUAUUUUCUUUGUCAUGUUGGCAAUGCAACUGACUUAUUUCCAGAGGGCCCAGAGCCUACAUGGCCAAAGAUGUCUCUAUGUAGUCCUUCUAAUAGACAGCUGUAUUCUAUUGUGGUUGUACUCUUCUUGCUCCCAAUCACAGUGUUAGCACUGAAACUGUAAACAAGAUAAUUUUGUGAUCACAAGAAUCUAUGCAAAAAAAAAAAAAAUCAUUGCUCCUGUUUGUUAUUAGAUAUUUUUUAUUCUGAUUUAUUUUAACAGUAAACAAUUUUUCACACAAGAAAGCCGGGACAUGGAGAAAUCAGAAUCAGAGCGAAGAUUUUAUGACAGGAAUAGGAGUUGCUUGGUUGUCCCAUGGAAAGUAUUUGACUUUGCCAAUUUGGCAGCCCUGUGAUUCUACUCUUAAAAGAAACAAAAUGGCUGGUUUUUAAAGUAAUAUUUUCUUCUUAGAGGGACCAAAAAAAAAAAAUCUAGAUAGAAUCAGAUUUUAUUAAUAUUAAUUUAAUGCUAUUAGCAAUUUCCAGGUACUAUAUUAUGGAAAGAACUGAAGCACAUAAUUCGGCAAAAUACAGAAAUUUUUAAAACAAUGUUGUCAUGUUGAAAAAUAAAUGUUGCUAGGUGCUGGUAUGGUGGCAUCGCCUUCUCCAGAGAAGUGGUUCUUUUAAUUAUAUGAACAAAAAGGUCUGUUACUACAGGAUCCGGGUGAUUCCGAUAAGGCAGUAAGAAUGUUGGCGGAAGAUUGUUAAAAAUGGAAACUAUACAUUUAAUAAAAAACAUAUAUCUGUGAAUGCUGCCAGUUUCUGCACACAUUCAUUGGUCGUUUAUAUACAUUCAUUGGUUGUUCAAUAAGUAAAACAAUUACAAAUAACUUAAUAUUGUAUUUUCCUUAGGUGGAAAACUUUUGUAGACCCAAUGACUAUUCAAAUAAAAUAUUUUAUAUCCUGAAUGUUGAUUUCAGUACCAAAGAAGAUGGGAAUCUAAAAUUUGGACAUGGUCCUUAUGUUUUUUUAAUAGAAAACUUUCUUUAAGUUUAUUUUGCUGAAUAAAUGGAUCGUAAUUGUGCCUUU